AAAAGCUUCCUGCUUCCCGCUCGGCCAAUCAGAGCAUUGAAAGUGGGCGGGACUGCACAGGUGUGAAACGCUUGAUAUCUAAAGCGGGUUGGAAGUUGUUACUGUACUAAAGACUCGCUUGCUCCCGGAACAAAGGUGGCGAAGGCCCGCCAUGUUGGUGAAACAUGGCCAGCUUUACGAUCAGGCGUCGCCCUAGCUUAGUGCCAAACAUCGCGUCCACAGAAGAGGAUUCAUCUCCACCAGCAAGCCUCGACAUCUACCACAGCGCCCUGCCCUUUCUCCAGGAGCUGGAAUGCCGAGAUCCCAUCUCCUUACAAGGCAAAGGGAUGCUGAGAUGGACUUUCCACAAAAAUCUGGAGAAAGAUCCAUCCAAGGCCACUGAGUUGGCAGACGAACUAGUGCAGGACCUGGAGAAGAUCCAGACGGCGGGCGAAAAGGCCUGCACCAUACCGCUGCUCCUGACGCUCAUCUAUGUCAUUUUUCAGUCGGUGUACCUUCCAGCGGACCUGUGUGAGAGGGCGUACGCAGCCUGCAAAAGCCUCCUGAAGCUGCCGAAUCCCUACUGCAGCGUGGGCCUGGCCUGCGUCCGGCACAUACAGACGGAGAGGUCCAAACCCGGUGCUCUGUACCAGCGGACUGUGAUCGCCGAACAGAAUCUGUGGAGUAAAUUCCAGGAAAUGGUGUUCGUGUUCGCCGACGCGGCCGUGUUCUCUGGCCCCCUGGGAAAUGCGGUCCAGAGUCACCUGGAGGCGGCAGGGUUCCGGCAGCCCUCGGUCACGCACAUGCGCGCGGUGCUGCAGCACACCCUGCAGGCCGCGCUGGGCAACUGCUGCCACGGCAACGCGCUGGCCCGCGCUCUGAAGGACAUGGGCCGCUCCAUUGAGACCUACUUCCAGGAAGUGGUGCGAAUCGUGGAGCAGAAUGCAGAGGAAGCGAGGGACGGGGACCGGGACCGGGACCGGGACGGGGACAAGGCCAGAGGAUACAGAGACAGGCUGCAGCGACUUUACCACCAGAUCAUGUCUGCCACACACGAAGGUGCCUGUGCCAAUGGUGAGCCGUCUCUGUGUGACACGCCUCUCCCCCCCCCCAACAUUCGGUAUCACCUCUGGCAGGAGGAAGACGAGGAGCCCUGGGUGCAGGUGGAGAAGUGGGUCCAGCGGAGGUCAGUGGAGGGGCCCCUGGAGGCGUGCUGGGCCCCCCGAGUCUCCCGGGACAGCGGCAUAGAGAGGGACCUGCUGGAGAACGAGGCCUCGGAAGCGUCGCCGGGGGCGACCAAGGAGGACCAGCAGCAGCAGCAGCAGCAGCAGCAGCAGCAGCAGCAGGGGAGGAGGGAGCCCCAGGCGCCCCCCGACGGCAGCGUCGGUGAGCGAAGGCUGGUCCGGAAGCCUCAUACGAAGAAGAAGAAGCCCGUCAGGUCAUCCAGCCUGGCCGACCCCACGAACGGGAGCGCUCUGUGCCAGUACACCGCCUGUGUGGUGGUGAUGGGGGACGACCGGGCCCUGGGGAGGCUGGCUAAGGCCUAUCAUGGCCUCAGGGCAGGCGGGUCCAGAUUUUUUUCUCUCAAUAACAGAGUGAACCUGGAGAUAUAUUACAUUCCAGUCACCGACCAGCAUACCACAACCUCAUCUGCAAUGGAAAGUACUCCACCGGUGCAGAGCUACCUGGACCUCGCGUCUCACCUGGGACGGGUUGAUCCGUGGUACGAGUGCAACAUCAACAGCCUGGCACAUUGGAUCCCCACGCUGGUGGAAUCAGCAAACGCCAGAAGCUCAUCGGAUCCCAACCCCUUCUUGCUGGACGUCCUCUCCUACUACAAGCGCACAGCGUGGCAGCCCAUCCACUUCACCAUCUACUCUGUCAAGAUCUCCUCCUCUGACCCGAACAAGAGUCUGGAGCAGGUGUUUCUCUCACACCUGGCAGUCGAGUUCGCGGAAGGUAGAAAUGCCAAAGAAUCUGUGAAGAAAGAGGCAAGCCUUCAAAUAUGUGGCCCAGUUGUUUCCAUAACAUAUAAAAAGGUGUCUCUGAGCGGCAGGCAGGUGGACAAGGGGAAGUCCGUCCGAACGACUGGGAUCCUCAUCAGCGCCGUUCCGGCCAAGGACACAAAAGACCCAGACCCUGAUCAGCUUACACUACGUUUCAAGGAAACUCAAACAAAAACAAGCACGGAGUCUGUGAUCCAGAGCCGCAACAUUAAAAUCAAGACUGUGGAAAACCGAACCUUCACUGUAUGUUUGGACAAAGACUCUCGCAGGACAUAUGAAGAUGUUCGGAGCAUUGAAAUAUCUCCGUGUAGGGACCCCCGGGGCGUUCUCAACACCCACGUCGCUGAGCCCAGUUUGAGCCUGAGCAAACACAUGACCAACGGCCUGUCUCUGCCAAUCAACAUCUUCUCCGGUAUCAGCCACUGAUCGACGGGCAGUGUGGACAAAUCCACCCGGAGAACAGGACAAUGAUCAAUACGGCAGCCGUACUGUGCUGAUACUUCAACGGCUUUUUUAGACUCAGUAAUGUGAACUGUGAAUUUGAAGAGAGCCUUAAGAGUCCUUCUAUUCAGAAACUAAAACCCAGGAAGUGUUUUAGUUAACUGACCAGCAAUUACCGAAACCAGUCUGUGAAGACAUUUGACUGGUGAUUGCUCUUGAACACGUCCAGCUGAAUUCCACUCCUUAAAAAAACCAAUUUUUGAGGUCCCUUUGCUUGGAAUCUUCUGUUAUAGUUACUCUACACACCAACUAGACCUUUCCAUUCUGCUACCUCUGGGCGCCUGGCCCCUCCCCUUUAUGUGUGCCAGCACUUCCUGUCUGUUAUCCCCGCCCACCUGUCAAUGCAGACUGAAGAUCCACCUGUAUAGACUGCACCAUGGCUCCCCUGACCCUUCUUGAAACGCUUUCUUUCUUUCUUGCUUUCGAUUCGCUUCUGCCGUUUUCUUUUGUUACAAUACAAAUAGCCAGUUGUUAGGAUAGCAUUACACUUGCUGAUUAUAAAUGGGCCUUUUUGGUGAUAUCCCAUUUUUGUAUUUCUGAGACUAACACUGAGUUUCUCCACCUCUACAUCGCUCGGAAUGAGAGCUUCCGCUAAGUGAUCAUAGUGUAACGUAAUUAUGUAUAGCUGUUCAAUGAGGAUGAAUGAAUCAAUGAAUGAAUGAAUCAUUGCCAUUAUAUAGCACUUUUCCGAACGCUCAAAGUUCUUUACAGUGAUGAGUGGGAACUCAACUCUCCCACCACCACCAAUGUGUAGCCCCCACCUGGGUGAUCCACGGCAGCCAUUUUGUGCCAGAAUGCUCCCCACACAUUAGCUAAGGUGGAGAGGGAGGUAACUUUUUUUUUAGCCUAUUAAAUCAGGGGAUGAUUAGGCCGUAAGUUGAGGCUGACAGUACUGUGUAAUUUUCCAGGGAACAGCAUAGGCACCCUUUAAGCCAGCUUCAGUUACCCUAAAUGCAAGGGUGGACAAUACAUCACUUCUACCGCUCUUAUUUUCAUAUAUUUUAACAUCCUGUUAUUUACUAUAUUCUAUUAACCAUGUAUCUGUAUCUGUAUCUGUUCCUCUGUUUGGCCCUCUUUCAUGGUGCUCCUAUUUUCAUGUUAAUUUAUUCAUAUACUUAUGUUUUAAUGUGUCCCUUAAACUGUUGUCUACAUCUCGUAUUAUUUUAUUUCUUUUUAUGUGUGUAAAGAACUUUGUAACUUUGUUUUUGAAAAGUGCUAUACAAAUAAAGUUUAUUAUUAUUAUUA